AUGGUCCAUGAUGCACCUAUCCAACAGAACGUCGCGAGAUCAGCCACUCCCGAAUUUGAUUUCAGGUUUCGACUUGUUUCGGUUUCCGGAUCCGAAGAGAUCCAGAUACCGGCGCACACUUGCAUGCUGCUUGAUUGCCAGAAUCGUCUCUCCUUUGUUGGGCGUUCUACUGCUCACUCGUUCAUGCACCACAUCAGGAACACGAUCGAGAAACGUGAUGGCCCUUCGGAAUUCACGGCAGAUAGCAAUUGGAGCGGUCUACCAGAAAGACUCCCCGUGGCCCCUAGGAUGCAGUCGUUUCUCUCUCCAAGUGCAACUGCGAGUUUGAUCGAAUUAUAUUUCAACCACGUACGGAGCUUCAUCGAUAUUGUCAACCCAGAAGCUGUGAGAUUAACCUUGUAUCAAUUCCAAAAUAAUCCGAAUGAGGUUCAGGGACCCGAUCGGUGCAUUUUCUACUUGGUUCUAGCCGUUGCACUCGCCUUGGAUUAUGGUGAUUCAGCACACUCACCGAGCCCGGAAUUUAAACACCAGCUAUUUGCUGUAGCCGAGGGGCUGGCUCACCCAACCCGUACAUUCGAAAAGUCCCAGUACCACGAUGACGUCCUCUGGCCCCUCCAAGCUCUCGCUCUGAUGUCGUUUUUUAUGAUGUCUGUUUCUAUGAGGAAUACUGCCUAUGAAUACUGCGGCAAGUCUCAUCGUAUCUGUAUACGAACCAUCGAAGCUAACAAUGGUUCAGGUCGAGCUGUUCGAGUUGCGUACGCCCUUGGAAUUCAUCGAGGUCAUGAGUCUGAGAUCAGCCAGUUCCCCGCCAGCGAGGAACUCAGAGUUUUACGAAGAAACGUUUGGAGAAGUUUGUUUGUCCUAGACAGAUUCCUGGCUGCAACGUUAGGAAGACCAUUCGCCAUCUCUGACAACGAAUACUCCGAAUCCUCCCUUAUGCCACCCGGCCGACCAAGCAGUCCCAACAAAAUUCCGAAAAGGGACAUGCUCGACCCCCCUAUUGAUGCAUACAUCUACGCUCGAAAGGAACACUUGUUGUUGGUUGAAGACGCAAUGUUCAUCUUGAAAACAUGGCACGCCUCGAGCCCUUACGCAGAGCAGUUCGCUUCCAAGUUGGACUUGUUUCGGCGUGACGUCGAACGCCAAGAACAACUGAAAGCUAUAAGACAGGCUUCGAGGAGACAGGCUCACAAAGUCAAACGCGAGCCGGUGACAACUUACGAGCCUAGUCAGUAUCGCUCUCCAUUCCAGCAAAUGCCUCGUGGUAGUUUGGUAUCCCCAUGCGAUAGCCGUCGCAUGUCAGGGACUGCAAACCACACCAUGAUCAAGCAAGAAGCUGGGGGGUACUCGGGCCCCUUGUCAUCAAGGCCCCUAUUCUCGCCUACCGAUUUCAAUAUGGAUCAAUCCCAGUCUUUUGCUGAGUAUUCACAAAGCUCAAAUUUUAGUGACCAUAGCAUCGACAUGGAUUAG